CCAGCGGUCUAUUUCCUUCAAAAAUAGAACGGUCUAUCGAAUAGAUAGCUUUUAGAACUGCGUUGGGGAACUCCGUGGCGGGUCUAUAUAGAAUAGACCUCGGAAUAGCCCCGAGUUGGAGAUGCUCUAAUUUAGCAAACACAUGGCAUCUCCGUCCAUGGGAUUGUGAAGCGGGCCGAAGCUCUCUCAUUCUCUUUCGUUGUUUGUGGUUUUCUGCUUUCUGAUACCAGCUGAUGUUUUUUCCAUCACAAUCCCACGCAAUUUGUCGAGAAUGGGCUUGUCCACAAAAUGCUUCACAACUCUGCUACACUUUUUUUCAGGGCUUGGAUGGAGUAUUGCAGAAUCUGACAUUCUGGAUGCGUGACUGAUGAGCAAUGCCUCGGGUCAGUGACGAGAAUUGAAGCAAACAAAAAAGGGGUAGAAAUCCACAAGGCGAAGGGAUCUCUGCCCGGAGUUUGCUGCGAUUGGAGUACAUUGCUAUGUGCGGGAGAAUUGGAAUUGGGUUGCAGCGUGUGAGUGGGUUGCUGUCCUGGGAAUGUCCGAAUUCAACUGACGUUAGUGUUCAAGAGUCUUGGAAAUGCGAACACUCGUAAGGGUCGCGAGGGAUUGAGGAUUAUUUCAGGUUAAGUUGGAGUGCAACAAUGGAGAGGGAUUCGUUGAGUCUGUGUGGCCGCUCGGGGCUGUUGGCUCUCUUGUUGAUGUCAGCGACAGCCGUUGUAGUUGUAAGCUUCACCUCGCCUCUUCCACCCCCACUGCCCAUCAUGCCAUUGCCGUCGUACCGGCAGCUCAGAUUCCAGCGGCAGGAGCAGAUCAUGUUCUUCCAUUUCGGUGUCAACACGUUUACAGGUAAAGAGCAAGGUGAUGGAACAGAGGAUCCCUCCAUCUUCAAUCCCGAAGGCCUGGAUGCUAGGCAGUGGGUGCGAGAGGCGAAGAAUGCAGGGUUUAAGGUCGUAAUUCUCACAGCAAAACAUGCGGAUGGGUUUUGUCUGUGGCCCUCAGCAUACACAAACUACUCCGUCAAGAGUUCUCCAUGGAAGAACGGCACAGGAGAUGUGGUGCGCGAGGUUUCGGAUGCAGCGAGGGAGGAGGGUCUUGAGUUCGGUCUGUACAUGUCGCCCUGGGACCGUCACGAACCUACUUAUGGUGACACUCUUCUCUACAACGACUACUAUCUUGGUCAACUGCGGGAGCUUUUGACCAUGUAUGGACCUAUCUCCCAGUUUUUUGUGGAUGGGAACAAGGAUCCAUCGUCGAAGGACAUGUACUAUCUCUUCGACGCAUGGUUCGCUCUCAUCCAUCAAAUGCAGCCCAACGCAAACAUCUUCUCUGAUGAUGGGCCGGACGUUCGUUGGGUCGGCAAUGAAGCUGGGGAGGCCGGCACGACCAGUUGGUCUAUGAUGAACAGAUCGAUGGUCACGAUUGGAGGCCCAUUUGAAGAGUAUCUGAACGAGGGCGAUCCGAAUGGCUCAGAUUGGGUCCCUCCAGAGUGCGACGUCUCCAUCCGGCCUGGUUGGUUCUGGAAAGAAAGCCAGCAACCUAAGACGGUGAACAAGCUCCUCGAUAUUUACUACAAGUCAGUCGGCCGCAACUGUGUGAUGCUCCUCAACGCACCCCCAAACCAGACAGGUCUUUUGCACGGGACGGAUGUUGCCAAUCUACGCGACUUCAGAUCUGUCAUCGAUCGCAUCUUCGCUACAAACCUGGCCUCCAAGGCUCGUGUGAGCGCAAGCAGCACCCGAGGAGGUGACAUCUCUUCAUUCCGGCCCGACCAAGUCUUGAAUGACGACUUAGAAGCUUACUGGGCAUCCGAGGAAGGUCUCACAACCCCCUUUCUCACACUUGACCUCGGGUCCAACAAAACCUUCAACGUUGUGAAGCUGCAGGAGGCUGUGCACCUGGGCCAACGGGUGCAACUUUACCACGUGGACGUUAUGCAGGAUGGGCGCUGGAAAACUGUUUCUGUCGGGACUACAAUUGGCUACAAGAAACUGGAUAGGUUUGAGAAAGUGCACAGCCAGCUUGUGCGGAUCUACAUUGAUGGAGCCCGAGGUACUCCUCUUAUUUCUGCUGUGGGCUUGUACCUCGAUACAUGGUCGGCACUUUCUCUGGCAGCAGAGUCGACACAAGUGUCUGAGUAGCCGUGGCAUGGCCUUGCGAAUGUACAGCAGGUUGAAUGCAUCUAGAUCCGACCAAAUUCUCAAAAUGGUUCACUUGAAUUUGUGAACUUGUCGGGUGCUGACCCUGCUAAUUACAAAAUUCAAUAUGCAUCGACUCCUGUGUAAAGUUUUUUC